AUGUCCACCGUGGAACCCAUUCACCAAAGCUACAUGCUGGCCUGGAAUCAGUCGGACUUGGUCGACGAAGGCGGGGACAUGUUCAUCACCCUCUCAGCGAGGGGUAUCGAGGCGCAGGGCAUGAUCACAAUCGGGUUCGGAGGGCUGAGCAUGGAAACCACGGACGACUUCGUCAUCUACGUCGUCGAGUCGGAGACCUCGGCCGAGUGCACAGACCACAGCGGGCCCGGGGGCCGGUCAAAGCCGCCCCCGGAUGACGAGGAGAACAACGAGCUCGAAGUGGUAAGGAUGAGCGUGGACGGGCAGUGGACCGGCGUCACCUUCGCUCUCUCCGGCGAGGGCACCGACGACUCGGACUACCCUCUCAGCGACGACAUAUAUCCCUCCCAAGAUACCUCCAUUAUCUACGCCUGGCGCUCCGGGGACGGCAUCGGCAAGCACCCCAACAGCCAACGCGGGGCGGCCCAGAUCAACUUAAAGGAUGGCUCGGUCGCUGACGAGCAGUGCUCUGACUCCAGUGAGUACUACUCUCUCCACGGCGCCCUGCUGCUGGUGGCGUGGAUGAGAAUCGCGCCUUACGAGAUCUACCAAGCCCGGUGA